AUGACGAUCCGGACCGCCUCGCCAGACGCAGCGGAGACACGGGCGCUUCUCAGCGAGUCGCCUCCGCCGUCCUACCAUGCCGUCGAUGACUCCGAUGCGGACACAAGCUCUGAUGUAUCGAGCGCGCCGAUGCUGAACCAGGUAUCCAGAUCCGAUCUCGCUUGGAUUUUGGCCGGUCUGUGGAGCGCCGUCUUCCUUGGCGCUUUGGACGGAACCAUCGUUGCAACAUUGCUAAGCCCGAUUGGAAGCUAUUUCAACAAAUCUAACCAGGCUUCAUACAUCGGAACCUCGUACUUACUCUCCGUGUGCUGCUUCACGCCACUCUAUGGACGUCUAUCGGACAUCUUGGGUCGUAAGGGCGCCAUGCUCUUGGGACUGACGUUCUUUGGUCUGGGAACGAUUGCUUGUGGCCUUGCUCCGUCGAUGGAGGCCUUGAUUGCCGCUCGCGCCGUCGCAGGCAUGGGAGGCGGAGGGUCAGUACAUUCAGUCUCGAGUGUGGCGGUGACAGAUCUCAUUCCUCUGAAGCAACGCGGGCUGUACCAAGGCAUGGCAAAUAUUUUAUUCGGACUAGGCGCAGGAUUGGGAGGGCCAUUGGGUGGCUGGAUGAACGACGCCUUUGGCUGGCGUGCGGCAUUUCUCGUGCAGAUCCCGGUCCUGGUGUUUUCUGUUGUCCUCGUCAUGUGGAAGGUCUCGAUCAAGCUGCCGUCGGAGGUUGAAAACCAAAGCACGUAUUCCAAGCUGAGGCGCGUAGAUGCCCUUGGGUCCUUCACACUGGUGGGGACAGUGGGCACAUUGCUCCUCGGUUUUAGCCUGAAGACUUCUGAAGAACUUCCCUGGGGUCACCCGCUCAUCGUUGGGCUCUUUGCGGCCAGCGUUGUAUUCGCUAUCUUGUUUGUUAUGGUCGAGACGCAUUGGUCGCCAUAUCCUGUUAUGCCGCUGCGCCUAAUAACUCAAAGAACGCCCCUCGCCGUCUCUAUCUGUAACCUUUUGGGCAGUAUUGCGGCGUUCUCGAUGGUCCGUCUUUUGUACAACGUUCCUCUGUAUUUCAGUUCGGUCCGUCUUGACUCGUCCACGGAUGCAGGACUGCACCUGCUACCACACUCCGUUGCCCUUUCAACAGGCAGCGUCUUCGCCGGAUGGCUCAUGCGUCGCACCGGGAAAUUAUAUACCCUUACCCUAGCGUCCGCUGGGCUCUCCGUUGCUGCCAAUGUACUCGUGGUUUUCUGGAACGAUGAUACGUCGGCCUUCCAUCUCUGGUACGAUAUCGUGCCUCAAGGAUUCGGGAUGGCUAGCCUCAUCACAAGCACACUCAUUGCAAUGAUUGCUACCGUCUCCAAAGAAGACAUUGCGGUCGCAACCGGAAUUACAUAUCUGUUUAGGACUACAGGACAGGUACUCGGAGUCAGCCUCAGCGGCGCCAUCCUUCAAGGCGUCUUGAAUGACAAGUUACGGCAGCGAAUACAAGGCCCAAAUGCUCUCGAACAACUCACACCUGAAUCAUACAACCUCAGGCAUUCAACGGCCAUCAUACCGGAGUUGGAUCCGCAAACGAGAAAAGCGGCAGUUGACUCGUAUUCGGCCGCACUCCGAGUUGUGUUCAUUUGCCAAGCAGCAGUCGCGUUUCUUGCCUUCCUUGCAUGCAUUCCCAUACAAGAGAACCCUCUUCCGUGA